GACAAUGAAAGGCGGAUGUUACGUCACUGAUAAGCACCCCUCUCACCGUCUAUCUUCCGCCUACAGUCGCUCGAACACUGGGUGACUCGCUCCCUGGAUUCCCCUCCACACUCAACCCACUCCUGACUGUCACCGAGAGCCGAGCCGACGCUGCUCUCACAGUCUUUUUUCUCUCCUUAGAUCACCCUAAAACCAUCUUUCCAAAUGAGUGACGGGGAGUGUGACUUCUUCUGCUUCUUCCGUUGCUGCUGAGUGCGCUUCUUACGAGCCUCAUUCAGACGAGAAGGCAAGGUGACCCUGCAAGGCUACGCGAUCAGGUGGAGAGGUGGGCAGAGAGGAGCAGGAAGGUGGGGCUUUAGAAAGAGCAAUUUCAGUCUACUGGACCACUAGGAUCUGACAGGUGGCCGGGCCGUCUACCUGUACUGGUGUUUGAUUCAGUCGACUGGAUGUCUGUGGACAUGAACAGCCAGGCGUCGGACAGCAAUGAGGAAGACUAUGGGGUGAACUCUGAGGAGGAUGAUGAUGAUGAUGACGAUGGUGGAGAGGAGGACGAUCAGGGUGACAUGUUAAACUACUAUGAGGGUGUUGCCGGUGAUGUGGAGCAACAGGGCGCUGACUCCUUUGACCCAGAGGAGUACCAUUUCACUUGUCUGAACUAUAAGGAAAGUCAACGGAUGCUCACGGAAGAGGUUAACACUGUGGCUGCUGCACUAAAGGUUUUGCCAGCGGUAGCAAAACUGAUCCUGGUGCACUUUCACUGGCAGGUUUCACAAGUACACGACAGAUUUAAGUCCAACUCGUCCCUGAUGUUGUCAGAUGCUCUGGUCCAGCCCAGCACAACCUGCAGAUCAGUCCCUGCCCCUCAGUCCCUCCAGUGUGGCGUGUGUCUACAGGCCGUACGUAGAGAAUCCCUGUUGGCACUGCCCUGUCAGCACUCCUUCUGCAAAGGAUGCUGGGAGCAGCACUGCACUGUUUUGGUCAAAGACGGCAUAGGAGUGGGUAUCUCGUGUAUGGCUCAGGAAUGCUCCCUGCAGAUGCCUGAAGACUUUGUCCUGCCGCUGCUGCCGGGAGAGGAGCUGAAGGACAAAUAUAGACGCUACCUCUUCAGAGACUACGUUGAGACUCACUUCCAGUUGCAGUUGUGUCCAGGUGCAGACUGUCCCAUCGUCAUCAAGGUGCAGGAGCCCCGGGCGCGCAGGGUGCAGUGUAGUCGCUGCAGUGAAGUCUUCUGUUUUAAAUGCCGUCAGAUGUACCAUGCGCCCACAGACUGUGCAACAAUCCGAAAAUGGCUGACCAAGUGUGCGGACGACUCAGAGACCGCAAACUACAUCAGCGCACACACUAAAGAUUGUCCAAAGUGCAAUAUCUGCAUUGAGAAGAACGGAGGGUGCAAUCACAUGCAAUGCUCCAAGUGCAAACACGACUUCUGCUGGAUGUGUCUUGGUGACUGGAAGACUCAUGGCAGUGAAUACUAUGAGUGCAGCCGCUACAAAGAAAACCCUGAUAUAGUCAACCAGAGCCAGCAGGCUCAGGCCAGAGAGGCCCUCAAGAAAUACCUCUUCUACUUUGAAAGGUGGGAGAAUCAUAACAAGUCUCUGCAGUUGGAGGCUCAGACGUACCAGAGAAUCCAGGAGAAGAUCCAGGAGAGAGUGAUGAACAACCUGGGAACCUGGAUCGACUGGCAGUACCUGCAUAAUGCUGCAAAGCUACUGGCUAAGUGUCGCUACACACUGCAGUAUACGUACCCCUACGCCUACUACAUGGAGUCUGGCCCACGCAAAAAACUGUUCGAGUACCAACAGGCUCAGCUGGAAGCAGAGAUAGAAAACCUGUCGUGGAAGGUGGAGCGAGCCGACACCUAUGAGAGAGGAGUAUUGAGUGGCGAGGCGGAUAUCAGCUCCAGUGACCGAGGGGAUCUGGAGAAUCAGAUGCACAUUGCUGAGCAGAGGCGACGCACGCUGCUGAAGGAUUUCCACGACACAUGAAGCCCCAUCGCGACUGCAAAGCACCAGCAUCUCCCUCCCUCCCUCCUUCCGUACUUCCUUACUUCCUCGCCCACCUACCUUUUGCUUCUUUCAGUGACCAUCUCUCGGUGCAUUCGUACUGACCCCUUCCCUUUUGUUUCUUUACACUCGCUCAUUUGCUUCUCACUUUCUGUCUUUCUCUCCCCUCACUCCUAUUAUGCUGCAGGGUCACAGAAUGGCACGAUUGUAUCUCAACCUUCCUCCUCUCGUCCUCAUCCUCAUUAACACGUUUUGACUUCGGAGCAUCACAUUCACCGUGGUUACACUUGUUGCAGCUUUUCCGAGCUGAUGGCUAAGGGCAAAUUUUGAGGUUUUCCGCAAGUGUGUGAAAACAGUGGGCAUGCUUUAAUUUCACAUUAAGCAUUUAGACGCUGAUAUGAGCAGCUAAAAGCAACAUGUUGCUUGUUUGUUCUCCGUGAUUAUUCCUGUUAUGCUGGAAUAAUACAUAGAGAGAGAGAGAAAGCUAAUACAACUGCUUUCGUUAUUCAGCAGAUGAAGUUCUGGGAGAAAUAACAUUAUUAUUUUUCUUUAGAGAGAUGUUGCUGAUUGUCGGCCUGCAUUUGGUGGUUUUAUAUAGACAAUCGUGACUAGCAGGCCCUUGUUGGUAGUUGUAACUGUAGAACUUAAUCGUUGGGUCAGAACACAAAGCUGCAAUACUGAAAUCUACACGCAUUGUAAGUCACUUUUCCUCUGCUGAACUUAAACAGUUGUUGAAAUAAUCCCAGAUUAAAUGUGUCGCUGCCACAGAUUAAUAGGCUACAUCCAUACCACGACAGUUUUUGUUUGAAAACGCAUCAAAUUAGCUGUGGAUUCACCUGGCGUCCACUCUGCUCUGGACUUUUUAGAGCCGAUAAAACUGAGAACUUUUGAAACACUGCUGGCCAAGUUUUAAUUUGAACACUAAGGACAGGCAGAAACAGCGAUAUUUGGAAACGACGACAGAGACACUCACAGCCUCUUGCUGACUGGGUCUUUUCGGUCUCGAUAUAGCCUUCACUGAUAUGUAUAUGCAUACAUGUUAUGGCAGUCUCCUAUCAAGUGACCCACUUCUGGAGGAAGACUGGAGCAAGAUGGCUACCAUGAUACUAUUGCUGACAUGCAUAGGAGUCAUGCUAUUAUUUGAGCACUUGCCGUGUUCCCCGUCACCCACAUGCCCAGUAGCAUGGACAAGGCUUAAAACUAAUGCGGAGCCAAAAUGCUAGAGAUCAUUUUAACCGUAGUAGUAUGGAUGAAGCCGUAGACAUGAACUUGGUGUGUUUGUGUGGAAAAAAAAAGACUUUGUGGUCCAACAUAUUCCCACAUACAAAAUACAGUGUUUUCCUGACGUAUGAUGCAUGUUCAUAUGUACAAGAUGUUAUAGAAUAAGAUGAAUGUGUGUUAUCUCCUUCUUUUUUUUUUUUGAUUUUGUCGCCAGUGUUUUCAUUAUAAGCACACCUCCCUCCCUUGGUUAUGAGGUGCUCCAGCCACGACUGGCAGCAUACAGUUGCUAGUCAAUAUUAACUAAGUAAAACUACUGAAUUCAUGUCUCUUUACGUUCUUGUGCUGGUGCUUGAUCGUGUUCAGCUGAUGUCGAAACGAGCGAGAGCCUGAGCCCCUCCAUUAAAUACUAGCACCUCUGCUGAUCAGACGAUGAAGUUAUUUUGAAGCAGCAAGUGUAAUCUCAGCCUUUCACUUAACGCACGCUACAGCACCACCCACUGACACCAACACAGCAUGCACAUAUCGACACACUCGUGCUCAAGCACUGAGCUGCAGAAAAUAUAAUGUCACCUGGUAAUUUUCCUCCCCCCCCCCCUUCAUCUCAUGCUCUCCUCUCGUUUUCUUUACAUUCAGCCCCUCCUCAUUUUAUUUUUGCUCUAUACUUUCUCUUUUCUUCCUGCCCACAUUGUUCACCUUUCUUCUGGAAAAUGGCUGUUGAUAGAUAGAUCGUUUAAAAAAAGGAAUAAAAAAAUACAAAAAAAUUGCUGUAAUUUUCAACGGUUGUACAUUAAUACAGAAAUAGAGUUACUGAAAGUUUUUAAAACCGGA